UAGUUCACUUCACCCGCCACACCCGUCUGUAUUAUGCGUCGCCUCUUUUCUCGUCACCGUCGCGCCGACGACUCGGCCAUAUCCCGAAAUACGUCCCCCACCGCAGUCCCCGAACUCACCAAAGAACAAGUCAAGCGCGCAACCCGCAAGCGCAAAUCAUGGGCCCUCGCAACCUCCUUUUUCCUCUUCGUCACCUUCAUCUUCCUCAUUCUCGUCAACAUUGCCGGCGUGCGCAACAAGCCCGUCAUCAGGAACUGGUACUUUCUGCGCCUCGACCUCAGCAACAUUGUGCCCGCCACCGUCCCCAACUUUGCCCUCAUCAACACCAUUGCCCAGACGCUGGGUCUCCAUGAUUUCUACCAGGUUGGACUAUGGGGCUUCUGCGAAGGCUACAAGGGCCAGGGUGUCACCUUUUGCAGCAAGCCCACCAACCUGUACUGGUUCAAUCCCGUUGCGAUUUUGCGAAAUGAGCUUCUCGCGGGCGCUUCGAUUAAUCUCCCUGCAAACAUCAACGACAUUCUAGACCUGAUCCACCUCGUUUCCAACUGGAUGUUUGGACUCUUCAUUACCGGAACCGUCCUCUCUUUCGUCCUCAUCUUCGUCAUGCCUAUUUCCGUCUACACACGCUGGCUCGCCCUGCCUGUGGCCAUUCUCGCCUUCCUCAACGCCCUCUUCGUCACCGUCGCCUCCAUCAUUGCCACCGUCAUGUUUGUCAUCUUUCGCAACACUAUCAGUGGCGUCGCAGAGCUCAACAUUGGAGCUGAGAUUGGAACAACGCUGUUUGCCUUUAUGUGGGUAGCCAGCGCCUUUGCCAUUUUCGCGUGGCUCGUACAGAUGGGACUCUGCUGCUGCUGCGCAUCCAGGAGAGACGUCAGGAAAGGCAAGAAGAGAGGCAGUGAAAAAGCAUACCAACCGGAUGUGUCUGGCGCCGAGAAUGGAGGCGUCAGAGACGACAACCCCGUCGUCAGCGGCGCAAGCGAAAACGAAAAAGCAGAAAAGAAGAAAUACGCGUUCUGGAAGCGUGGGUAGGACCCUGUUGUUCCCUGCAUGACGGCUCAAGACGGUUUCCCUCGUGGUACUACCACUACCACUAUUACACACAUAGACAUCAUCGACCUAGAUCCCUGUUACGAAAAAAAAAGCGUGGCUCGAAAUGUUUCUCCGAGAGAGCUACUAGCUAUGAAUAGCAAAAAGUAACAAACGAUUUUGCUUCUUGGUCACUUUGUCACAACAAGCGCGGCGUUGGUUGGGUGGUUGUUUUUUAUUUUUUUUUCAUGGCAUAGCGCCGCGUAGACAUAGUGCGACAUGCCAAGUUUGCGGUUUGUGUGCAUGUCCUCCUCGAUUGUAAGCUUGCCUUGCAAUCAUGUACGUAUGUAUGUAGCAUAAUGAUACUG